AUGGGUAGUCAGACUCUGAAUGGUCUGUGGCCUAAGCAUGAAAUCGGUUACAGAGAUGACGACCCAUACCUCUUUCCUAGCCAAAUGGCUUCAUUAGACUUGAGCUGGUAUUCUCCCAUGGAUUGGCAAUAUGAAUUGCCGAUACAAGAGAGCUUUAUGGAUGCCAUUCCUUUGAUGGAGAGCUUCCCUACGGAAAAUCUGUUUGCAUCCUUGGACCUUGAACCAGCCAUAAGCGUAAUGCAAGACGAUGUUUCCUGCGGUUAUGGGAGUUGGCAUGGAGUUUGGAAUGAGACAGGUCCUAAGCUUGACCCGGAGAACCUGCAGGCUAAUUUACUGUUGCGUAACAAUGAUAAAAAAGGCAAUAACGGACCGAGGGAAGAUCAGGGGAAGAUGAAGAGGUACAGGGAAGAGAGAUCCAGCAGUUCAAGACUUCUAUCCAGGAAAACCAUUUCUCAGUACUUUUACAUGCCCAUAACGCAGGCAGCGAAAGAGCUUAACGUGGGUUUGACACUUUUGAAGAAAAGGUGUCGAGAGUUGGGUAUUCGUAGGUGGCCCCAUCGGAAGCUGAUGAGCCUCCAAACCCUAAUCAACAAUGUACAGGUGUUGGGUAAAGAGGAAGGAGAAGAGAGUGAAGCAAAGUUGAGGGAAGCAAUAGAGAUAUUAGAGAGGGAGAAGAAGUUGUUGGAGGAAAUUCCAGAUAUGCAACUUGAGAACAAUACGAAGCGGCUUAGGCAAGCUUGUUUUAAAGCUAACUAUAAGAAGAGAAAGCUCGGGGGGAUGAUGAUGGAUUCUCAAUCUUCUUCUUCCAGCAGCAAUCGUGGAAGUGCGGAUGGUUAUAACAUGGCUAAUUAUGAGAGAAGGAAUGAAGAAGAAGAAGAAGAACAAAUUAGAGGUGGUAGAAGAAUUGAGAUAUCUAUAUAUGACAUUGUUGUUGGUGAAGUUGUACCUCUUAACAUUGGUAAUCAGGUCCCUGCCAAUGGAAUUUUAAUUUCUGGUCAUUCUCUCGCAGUUGAUGAAUCAAGUAUGACUGGAGAGAGCGAGAUUGUUCACAAGGAUUCCAGAAAUCUGUUUCUGAUGUCUGGCUGCAAAAUUGCAGAUGGUAGUGGCACCAUGCUGGUGACUAGUGUUGGGAUGAAUACUGAGUGGGGAUUGCUCAUGUCUAGCAUUUCAGAAGAUAAUGGUGAAGAGACACCAUUGCAAGUACGCCUAAAUGGGGUUGCAACUCUCAUUGGUAUAGUUGGACUUUCAGUAGCUGUCUCUGUCUUGGUUGUUCUUUUGUUUAUAGCAGGCAAAACAAAAGCUAGUGAUGCCAUAGAUGCUGCCAUUAAAAUUGCUAUUGUUGAUGUCAACAUAGUAGUAGUUGCGGUACCCGAAGGGCUUCCCUUGGUUGUUACCUUAACCCUUGCCUAUUCCAUGAGAAAAAUGAUGGCAGACAAGGCCCUGGUGCGAAGGCUCUCUGCAUGUGAGACCAUGGGCUCUUCCACAACUAUUUGCAGUGAUAAUACCGGUACCUUAAUGUUAAAUCAGGUUGGUGUGAUGGCUGGAGCAAUUGGUAAACACUACAAGAUGCCUGCUAGCAAGUUGAAGAAGCAGAAAACUCAGGCUAGGCCCUCUUCGACCACAGGCGGUGAUGUUGGUACCAAGUCCAAGAACCAAGGGAGUGAGAAGACGUAG